AGAGAUUUAUGUUUAACCAAGGUCUACAAUCAUAAAAGCAACAAGAGUCUUCCUUUUUGAAGUGGAAUACUGACCGGCUGUACAAGAUGAGUUCAGGAAACAGCACCGACAGUUUCAGCGACUCACCCAUCACACCAACAAGAGUAGGUGGUCCAACCACACCAAGGAGGAUGACAAGACAAUUCAAGAGCAAACCACCCAAGAAAGGAGUCAAAGCAUUCGGAGAUGAUAUUCCAGGAAUGGACGGUCUUGGCACUGACAUCACCGUGGUGUGUCCCUGCUGGGAAGCCUUCAGCCAUCUGGAGCUGCACGAGCUUGCCCAGUAUGGUAUUGCCUGAGGAAGAAGCCAAGUUUCUUGGUGAAGAUGUAUCACUUGCUGUUAAGUGGAUCAGACUCUGUCUCUGGAUCCCACCUGAGGGAUGCUGCAUCUCAGGACACGUGCAUUGCCUUGUACUCUACUGCAAACUGUAGAUGUAUACAGCAAAUGCACAGCCGUGCAGGAGGAAAUAGGUUUGUAAAGCUUUAUAGGGUGUUAUAAAGCUGUUGAAAUAAGAUUUGUAUUUGUGCUAUUUCUAUAUGUCAUUUGCUCAGUAGAUACAUUGACAUUGGAGGACAUUUACAUUUACGCAUUUGGCAGAUGCUUUUAUCCAAAGCGAUUUACAUUGCAUUAUACUAUACAUUUGUCUCUGAGUAUGUGUGAUACAAUUAUGAAUUAGCUGGUGAUCUAAUUUUAUUGCAUUACAGUUUUUCUCAAUCGCUUUAGCUCAUUUCUCGAAUAAGACUUUUUUCUCAAAACAAUAAGUUCGGGUCUCUGAACAGUUAGUUUUUGGUUCACAUCAGACUUGAAUUUCUUAUUGAUUUAGGCAAAUUGCAUAUGUUUUAGUACAUGUUUGCAAAGGUUAUGUACAAUUCUCAACAAUAUGCACAAUAACUAAAAGCUGUUUUUUAUCAAAACUGAUUAGCUGACAAUUUCUUCAAAACUUCUGAACAUUCUUUCAUCGUGUGAACCAUCACAUGCAAAAUGAUGCAUUCAAGUAUCAAAAUCUAUCAGGCAUUCAUGAAUAUUCUGUGAAUAUCUAUGACAUGGAAAGUUUGUAAUGUCUGCUAAAUUUGCAAAUUGUCUGCCAACUGGAAUAAAUCACUAAAUACAAUCACCCAACCAAUAAUUUGGAAGCAUAUAGUAUACUGUAUAUGGAGUUUGCCCACAGCACAUUCACUUGAGUAUUUUGAGAAAGCAUACGACCAGCCACAAAAUCUGAUACCUCUGUUAGAUGCCAUGAACGCUGCUUAUGAGGACAUUACAGUUACAGUUAUCACUGUAUGGGAUGGGUGCACCACUGAAGGAGAUUUUCUCCCCGGUGCAUUGCAAGAAAAAACAUCAGAUGUGAUUUGGAUAAAAAUCUUUGUCCAGACCAACAAGAGCGAUUGGAUGUAGUUUUUCAUGGAUGUCAUUUGUGUAACAUGUAUAAAACAUUUACAGUAAAAAUAAAGAUUUUUUUCAGUUUACAGCAUAUGAAACACAUUUCUACAAAAUAAAUGUACUGGAUAAAUCUUUUUCUGGGUACUACAGUACUGAUUAUUCCCAGCAAAUAUUCACCUACUGCAGCGUUUCUCAAAGUGUGGGGCGGGCCCAACUGUUGGGGAACAAGUGGGGCACGACAAACGGGAGGAAAUUUGGUAAUUUUUGUGCCCAUCUCUAUUAAUUCCUUUAUUUAUUGACCAUACACUCAAAAAAACAACAACGACAAAUUAAAAUGUAAGCCUUACUUAGAACAACAUCAGACAAGACAGACAGUGGACCUAAAGUUUUUUACCCUUUUGUUGGGGCGAUUGGGGACAGGUGGGGCUCCGAACCCUUCCCUACCCCCAAAGCGGGGAAUGGCAGAAAAAGUCUGAGAAACACUGAUCUACUGUAAGUGUAAUUUGUUUGUUAAUUACAGUUAGUGUCAUAAAGUAGAGCAUAAAUGAAAUUUGUAUAUAACAAUAAUAAAAAAAAAGCAUUUCCUUAGCAUGUCCCUUGAUCCUGAUUAAGUGGGCUCUGGCAAAGUACUGUGGCACUCUAAGCAUGUUUAGGAGACGUGUAACAUCUGUAUUGUUUUAAUGUAUUUUUGUAUGUUUUUAGAUGAAUGGAGAUUUGUGUUUGUGUUUUCUUUUUGGUUGUUUUUGUCCAUAUUUUUUGUAUGAUCAUUGGAUGUAAUGUACAGCACUUUGGGCUGCCCUUGUGGCAGCAGAAAUGUGCUAUAUAAGAAAUAAACCUAAACCUACUGUAAGUGUACAUUUUUUGUUAAUUACAGUCAGUGUCAUAAAGUAGAGCAUAAAUGAAAUUUGUAUAUAACAAUAAUUUUCACAUGACUGCCAUUGUGAAUAAGAAUCUAAGCAUUUUGAUUAGUACGACUCACACAAUUACAAAAACACUUUCUAUUCUGGUGGCACUGGCCAAUUGUCUGACAAAAUAACUAGCUUUUGAAGCCAGAAUUAAAUGUUUUGAAUCAGUUAUUACAUUUUGCAGACAUGCAAUAGAGUUAUGAUGUUCCAGCAAACAGUUGUGACCAUUGAACUUACAGUUUAGAGAAUGUUCAGUCUCAUUCGAGAAAUGAGCCAAAGUGAUUGUAUCGCAGUAUUACAGACAAUUUGCCAAUUUAGCAGACAUUA